CACACAGCCUGACACAUCCACACACCCACAUCCCUGACUUGCGCAAAUGCACACGCACACCACGGACUUGCGUGCAUGCACACAUCCACUCAGACACAGAGACACGCACACACGGACACCCAAAACCACACACACGGAUCUGAGGACAUUGAGCUGGAGCUGGAGCUCAGAUGCUGAAGACAGACGUCAGUCCCAGCAGAGGAGGCGACCUCAGACACUGACGAGACACACAGCCAGUGAGGAAGAGAUCUCUCUGCUGAAAGCUGCCAGCCUCUAACGUCUCGUUCAGACACUCUCCAGGAGUGUGUGUGUGUGUGUGUGUGUGUGUGUGUGUGUGUGCUUCUCGUUCACAGACACUCUCCUGGAGCUUGUUGGAAGUAGAGGGAGUGUUUUCUUUCUCCUUCCUUUUUUAAAGAGGGAACUCCAUUUUGCGUCUGGUGAGGUGUCUCAGCUCGGCAGCUUCUUCCCCCACAUCCUCAUUCACUGGCCUGGGGCUUCACGCGUGUGUGUGUGUGUGUGUGUGUGUGGUCUCAGGGUUGUCCAGAGACAACUGGGGUCCUCCUCUGUGUCCAGUGCAGAGUGCGUUCUCUCUCUCUGGCUCCAGCACAGGAUGUGGACUCCGACUCGAGUGCUGCUGCACAUGAUGCUGCUGGGAGUCCUGAGGCUGAUGCUGGCCGCCAAGGAGCACACCAACCCGAUUCUAUCUUCCCAGGAGCGCUGGAUCCAAGAGAUGCGGGACGCCUCGAGUCUGGACGAGGUCCUGCGGCUGACCAACUACGCCGACUGGAGGCUGUGGAGGUGCCGUCUGAAGCUGAAGCUCAAGAGCUCGGACGCAGCGCAGCUGAUGGAGGAGCGCACCCCCCCACACCGCUCCACCCGCUACGCCUCCCCCACCUACAGCCUGGAGAUCCUCAAUGCUAUUAAGGACGAGUGGGAGAAGACCCAGUGCAUGCCCAGGGAGACCUGUGUGGACGUUGCCACGGAGAUGGGCUCCCCGACAGACAUCUUCUUCAAGCCGCAGUGUGUGUCCGUCUUCAGGUGUAACGGCUGCUGCAACAAGGAGGGCGUCACCUGCCGCAACACCAGCACCACCUACGUCAACAAGACCCUCUUCAGUGUGACCCCCUUUAAGACGUCCCCUGAGCCUGUGCUGGUGAAGGUGGCCAAUCACACGGAGUGUAAGUGUCUGGAGCCGCCACUGAUCCGCCGACACACACUCACCCACGCCAGCAACUGGUGUUCUCUAGAGGGUCAGCCAGACGUCUCCCACAGGCUCUGUGAUAACGGGCUGAUCUGGGACUGCACAGAGGACCGCUGUGUCCCCUACCCCUCACAAAAACCAGACGUGUCCGCCAGCGUCCAGAGGGCUCACUGUGAGAUGGACGUGGAGCGCUGCCAGUGCAUUCCGAGAGACCAGCGUCCAAGUUGACCUCCACGGAACUCAGAACAGACCGCCGCAUCGACCACGAGGAGCUCAAAUGAAGACAAGGCUGACAGAGAGAGAGAUGGAGAGAUGAAGAGCUGGCUGACGGAGAGAUGGAGAGAUGAAGAGCUGGCUGACGGAGAUGGAGAGAUGGAGAGAUGAAGAGCUGGCUGACGGAGAGAUGGAGAGAUGGAGAGAUGAAGACCUGGCUGACGGAGAUGGAGUGCAGACGAUCUGCUGGCCUUGAGAGCAGAGAAGAACGCAUCCUAAUUUAUUCAGUAAUGUCCCUAUUUAAACCACACGGCCCUGUACAGCCUUUGCAUUUUAACCACCUGAUUGAUUCUCUCAUUAACAAAACGGCAAAAGGUGUUUUUUAAGCGUGUGCUUCUGGGCUCAGAGUGGAGUGGACAUGUGACACACGCCUUCCUCCAGUGCACUGAGCAAAACAAAUCCAAAUGUACUUUUAAAGAAUGAUAUUUUUGUAAUGUAUUGGCAAGCUGUGUAAAUAGAUAUUUCAUGUGUAA